AUGGCUUCAAAACCUGGUGCCUUUGAGAUCUUGUGCGCGACGCAGCAACUUCCUGUGGUAGAAAAAGAGCUGGUCUUUAGCAAACAAUCAAGUCAAAAAGCAGCAGCACACUCGACAGCAGGGGCUGCAUGGGGCAAGAGCGCACGUAAAUGGACCACAAUCUCCUCGUCUGCUCGGGAGUUUGGUGACGUGAUGCCACGAGAAUUACGCACGUUAGUGGCGACAUCAUUUGAUGUGUUUACGUGCACACAGACACAGGAAUUCAAUGCAAUUGUUGGUGAUGCUGUACGUGUCAGUCACGAGUAUCGUGAUGCUUUGAAGACGUGCAUUUUUACUCUAGAAGAUCGUCUAGAGAUGCAGAACGAAGAAGAAGAAGAAGACGAAGCUGUUGAGGACGAUAAAGAACUAUUAGACUUGAUGAAUGUAUCGCUGGCAAUUUGGCACUUGUGUGAGCUCUUUCUACUCCGUCAAGGAGCGAGAGGAGCAGACCGAAUGCUCGCCUAUGAUCUCGCACGAUGGAUACAAGAGCAUUACUGUAGUGAACUGCUGGAGAAAUUAGAGAGAGAGAGUACAAGACUGAAGAAAGAACCGAAACCGGAGCAGGAGACAGCUUUUUGGACCACAAUUCAGUCUCUCGUAAUGACGGGAAAUGGUCCUAGUGCCUGGAGCUUAUUAGCUUCGCAUUCGAGCUACAAGUCCUUGUUUUCCCGUGAUACCAUGUCAAUGACAGGAGCGUCUACAAAGGCAGUGUUUCAAGCGGUACAAAAGCUGCUGUUGACGAUGCCUGGAAGAAUGAAUGUGGGUGUGGACCAGGAUGGACCAGAAGAGUGGAAAAACUGGAACAAUGCGUGCCAGUGUUUGCUCAAUACAGAAGGAUACAUUAAGGCAAAUGACGGACUAAAGACGCUAUUGCAGAUUAUGGUGGCUGAGGAGGAUGUGUUGAAGAAUCAUGCAACCACUUGGUACGAACUGAUGAUGGCGCGGCUGUUCCUGGAUGAACCAAAAACUAUUGCAAAUCGUUACCAGUUUCUGAUGACCAACUGCUUCGAGGCUUACAAUGAUGAUGAGACUCGGAUGGGUAACUUUGAUUGCAUUAUUCUGGCCAUCAUGAAGUCUGAUAUCCAGAGUGCGUUGCAGGAUAUCAUUGCACUUGGGUUAUCGUGGAUGGCCGCGCAUCUAGCGGACCUAUUGCAAAAAAGUAACGUGAUCGUGGCCGACGAAGUAGUGCCACAAGCGGAGUGCUCUUUGCUAGAGCGCUUCCUACUGGAAUAUGCCAUGGAGAUUGGCGCGAGCAGUGGCAUGUGGCAAUUUGCAGUGCGGUACUACGAGUAUUGUCCUAGGUUCGGAGCUAUUGCGAUUCGAUCUGCGUUGGAGCGCGAACCUUUGCAAACCGACUGCAAGACUGAGCGUCUUCUUGCGUACUGCCACGGGAAACAACUUUUGGCACACACGUUUCGGCAUAUAACAAUUCAGAGAGCGCAGGAGUGCAAGGCUAAGAAGGCGUACGCAUCCGCACUACAGUGGUUGUUGCGUAGUAACUGCCUGGACGACGUGGAUGCUCUUUGCGAUGAGAUCUUGAAUGAGUGCAACGACAAAGACUCAUUGACUCCAUUGCACGAAGCAGUGCAGUUUCUAGAGGCACAUCCUGAGCUUGCGCGUCCGCAAAAGCUGGCAUGGUUGGUACGCUACCGCGAGUUCCGUCUGGUGCUAGACGACCGCGAGUCCUUGCAGGCACUGUUGAGAAGUGUCGGUUCUCUGAUGUCCGAUAGUAAGAAAGAACAAGCAAGCCUGGAACGUAAACUUCGAUUUGUGUCUAUGGAAGCUGCCAAGUGGCUCGGGUGGCUAGUGAGUUCAACUGAGGCACCAAAGGUGCUUCGGUCUGAAGUACUUGAACAAGCUAAACGUCUGUUGGAGGAGUCUCCCACUACAUUUGAAUCCCGACAUCUGUACUCGUUGAUGGAGUACCUACAGCAACUGGAUCGUUCAUUUGACCGGCAAGAAUUUUACGAGCUGGACUCGAACAAGCAACUAAAAAAAGGGGUUGAAAGCUUGAUUUCACGAAACUUGGCGGAAGCAAUGCUUCAAGAGGCUACUGCAAGCGGAUGUGGUGCUGGAACGGCAAGUCGUUGA